UCGCGCUCUGCAGCCGGUAGCAGCGCACGCGGCGGGAGGCAUGGUCGCCGGCAUCCCGUUAGACGGUGAGGGUCUCUGCGAAGGAGGCAGCCCGACAGGAGAGGGUGCAACAUCACAAACCCCGGACGUCUGCGGUCUCUUCUGCACAGGGCUUCAUUAUUUGUCUGUGUUAAUACUUAUUUUAGAUGGAAAUCGCUGAAAUCCUUUAACCUCUCAAAGCAAAGAUGGGCUGCGGAGAAAAACCAAAUAUGCGAUACAUAUAGAGGGCUAGCUGAAACUCCACAGCCACUGUAGGAAGACCACUUCGACAAGUUCAGGUGCCAGGGGUUAGCUGUCUCUACUUUAAUAUUUAUAUUUUGUUCUUUUGACUGUAUCGGAACAACUUAAAACCAAUGGAGAAGGCGGCGCAGGCACAACCUCAGCCCCAGCUGACCAAGGGCGCGGAAAGUCCGGGGGAGGACAUCUCCAAGCUGACGGACGAGGACCUGCUGAAGUGGAGUAAGGAGGACUUGGUGCGGCGCUUGCGGAGAGCUGAAGCCGAAAAGAUGAGCGUCAUGCUGGACCACGGGAAUCUGAUCCGGGAGGUGAACCGCAGGCUGCAGCUGCACCUGACCGAAAUCAGGGGGCUGAAGGACGUGAACCAGAAGCUGCAGGAGGACAACCAGGAGCUGCGCGACCUGUGCUGCUUCCUGGACGACGACCGGCAGAAGGGCAAGCGGGUGUCGCGGGAGUGGCAGCGCCUGGGCCGCUACAGCGCCGGCGUCAUGCGCAAGGAGGUGGCGCUCUACCUGCAGCGGCUGAAGGAGCUGGAGCUGCGGCAGGAGGAGGUGAUCCGGGAGAACCUGGAGCUGAAGGAGCUCUGCUGCAUGCUGGACGAGGAGAAGGGGCCCGGCGGGGGCGGGGGCGGGGGCGGGGCAGGGGCCGUGGUCGGGGUGGCGGCGGCCGCCGGGUGCCGGAACUCCAUCGACAGUCAGGUCAGCCUCCUGCACAUGGCGGUCCCGGGGGCGGGGCUUCUGAGAGACGUGGGGGACGGCAGCAGCACCUCCAGCGGGGGCAGCACGGACAGCCCAGACCACCUGCACCACAAGCAGCAGCUCCUGUCCGGGCCAGCAGGGGGCAGCCCUGAGCAUCUGCACCACAAACAGCAGCUCCUGUCCGGGCAUGUGGGGGGCAGCCCUGAGCACCUGCAGAAGCCCCGGGCGGGGGGCGGAGGGGAGGGGGGCAGCCCUGAGCACCCCAGCCGGCACAGGAGCGGCAGCCCGGAGUACCCGCUGCCCCUGCCGCCUUCCUGCAGGCCCCGCUGCGGCUCCCUCUCCAGCCCCGACCACAAGGCCCUGCGAGGCCCCAGCCCGGAGAAGCACGGCAAGGGCGUGGCACGGGGGGGCGCCGAGACGCCGCCACACAAGCAGCUGCUGGGGGCCGCGCAGGCGAGUCCUGAGCACUUCCACAAGCACAGGGCCAGCGUGGGGAGCUGCGGGAGUCCCGAGCCCAAGCAGGCCUUCGCGGGAACCCCCGAGCACCUGCCGAAGGGACGCGUGGGCGGGGCCAGCCCCGAGGCGCUCCGGCACCAGUUCAGCCCCAGCCCCGAACACGCAAAAUUUGGCAGCCCCGGCAGAGAGGGGGCGUCGAGGAGGCCGGGGGGAGAGGAGCUGUCCCCACACCACCGGAGCCUCUAUAACGGCGUGAACGCUCUUAUAUCUGCUGGCUGUUGCACCGCCUCUUGUAGAAGUGUAAAGCUUUGGGACAGCUUUGAUGCAUCUUGACGACAGCCUUCGCUGGAUCCAGCUGUAGGAACGGGGAUAUCCCGCUCUCUGACCUGCCGGGAGACUGAAGGUCCUCUGCUCUCCCUCCUACAGAAGACAUCUUCUGAGGAGGCAACCCCUGGAAACCACCCUUCAUUGGUGACUCGGUCCUCAUUAACACAGAGAACACCUCCAGACCUCCUACAUGCUUCAU